AUGGUUAUCAGACGUCCAUUAUGGCCGUCGACGGCUCGAACUGUCCCGAGGACGGCAACUCAACAGACUCCCCUUCCUCAUUCCUGGACUCAGAAGCUUUUGACCUGGAAGCAAUGGAUUCAAGACUCCCAGCCAAAGUACGAGGCUAAUCCUGCUGCCACCUGGGUUAGGAUUUUUGAGAAGGUUGGCCUCGAAUAUCUUGAUAACCCAAAAUACAAAAGCCACCUGCAGUUAGUUACCGCGGACUAUCUCCCAGAUGAUCUUAUUGCUGCUCCUGCGUAUGGACAGGUUGGAGCUAUCAUUGCAGCUGCAGCAGCGACAGGUGCUCAAGUCAAGAUGACUGACGACAAGUCUCUUUACCCAGUAAUUCUUGGGCGGCAAUUCCAGUUCGACUUUCGGCAGCACCCUACCCUUGGUACUAUCGGUGCAUACGCACAGUUUACCCAGAGAGACCGCGAUGGGAAACCAUACGCAGAUACAAGUUCCAGCUCGAGAAACAUGAAUUUAGAAGAUUCCCCGCCACCAGGAAAGCUGGCGAUGGCCACAACACUGUCGCGGCGAGAUUUGUCUUGA